AUGCGCAAUGCAUUUGGCCAGAAAAUGCUGUUAUGUAAACUCCUCGAAGCAAGCAAAGGAAGUGUUGUCACCAUCACCGAACUUGUCUUCAAUGGGACAAAGAUGGAGAGCGAAGUACUGGGAACAUUAGCUAAUGCAACAGUCAACGGGACGCUGGGGAAACUUCUUUUAAAAGCGUCUGCAGGAUUCAAUGCAUCUGCACAAAUAGACGUAGAUGAUGUAUGUGCAAGUAAACCAUGCGAAAACGACGGCAAGUGUAUUGCCAAAAACAAUGGAUAUACAUGUGAUUGUAAGCUUUUUCGAUUUGGAGAACAGUGCCAAGAAGGUAAACCUGUUUUCUUAGAAUCUUAUUAUUUCAAAAUUCAACACGAAAGGAUGUUGUCCUUGAUCGAUCGAGGGAAGAAGUAA